AUGUCAAGUUCUCAUAGAGAUAGAGAUUCCCAUGUGUCAAGUUCUCAUAGAGAUAAAGAUUCACACGUGUCAAGUUCUCAUCGAGAUAGAGAUUCACACGUGUCAAGUUCUCAUCGAGAUAGAGAUUCACACGUAUCAAGUUCUCAUCGAGAUAGAGAUUCGCAUGUGUCAAGUUCUCAUCGAGAUAGAGAUUCACACGUGUCCUCAAAAUCUCAUCGGAGUGACGAAUCGGAAGUACCAACUCAAUGCUCUAGUGUUGUUCCGAAAGGAUCAAGUCAACCCCUUAGUGGUCGUGGUUCGAAAGUACCAAGUUCGAACGUAUCAGGUUCGAAAGGAUCAAGUCAACCCCUUAGUGAUCGUGGUUCAAAAGUACCAAGUUCGAAAGGACCAAGUCAACCCCUCAGUGAUCGUGAUUCGAAAGUACCAAAUUCGAACGUAUCAAGUUCGAAAGGAUCAAGUCAUCCCCUUAGUGAUCGUGGUUCGAAAGCACCAAGUUCUAAAGUACCAAGUUCUAAAGUACCAAGUUCGAAAGUAUCACGUCAACCCCUUAGUGAUCGUGGUUCGGAUGAUAGAGACGGAGUCAAUGCGAGACCCGAGGAGCGGCGUGGUGGUGGUGGUGGGUCAGGUACAGGGACAACAACAUCAGCACCGAGCAUAGAUAGCUGGAGAAACAACCAGACAAAUAUUUCCGAUCCAAUGAGGCCACCAUCUCCCGCCCCAUCUGCAAUUUCAAUCGCGAACACUCUUGAUCCGGACGACAGCAUAUCACAAGUAGACUAUCAACCGAGCCAACGACAAUUAAGCGAUAGGAAAAGUAAAGUAAGCGGUGUCUCUAGGCCCGGUGAAAAACAACUGAUAUCCACCCAAUCACGAAAUCCUCCUGCAUCCAUCUCUGAAGAACCAGAAUCAUAUUACGCAAACUCACGUACAGGUUCAACAAGGGACACCCGCGACAAGAAAAGCGAUGACAAGAAGCUUGUGCUUAGAGGUGCCAAAGCUGUUGCUACGAUUGAGAAAGGCCUUAUUAAAAGGCACGAUGGAGAGAGAAGAGACGGUAGUAGAGAUAGGAGCAACCAAGACCGAAACGAUAGAGACGAUAGUAGAGAUAGGAGCAAUCAAGACCGAAACGAAAGUCCGGGACAUGAUGACGAAAGCUACUACUCAGAAUCAGAGUAUAAUAGGAAUGAACCCAUUAGUAAAGACAGUAAAAAGCCCAAGAUGGUAUCAAGAAAGCCCAAGGGGUUCUUCGAGGGCAUGGCACGCAAUCUCGGCCGGGACAUCAUUCCCGAUGUCGUACAUGAAGAUGAUGCGAAGCGUGGGAAAUCGUACAAGGUGGAGGGUCAACCGGCCAUGGUACGGAGGAGAACGCAUGCUGAGCAGGAUGCGAAAGAUGCGAAGAAGGCAAGGGAGGAAGAGAAGAGGGCGAAAGAGGCGAGGAAGAAUUCGCGUCGGUGA